CCUACCUCCGCCGCCAUGGCCGCCGCCGCAGCGGGGGCGGCGCCAACGACGGCGAGGAAGGCCCUCCUCUCCACGACCUCCACCCUCCUCUCGUCCUCACUCGCGCGCAGCCGCCGCAGCCUCUCCUGUUCCGCUGCAUCGGCCGCCGCCCCGCGCAUCUCGCAGCAGCCGCCUGACCUGCUCCGGUGGGUGCAGCGCGAGGGAGGGUUCGUCCACCCAGCUCUCCGCGUGGCCGAUCAUCCCGAACACGGUCUCGGUGUGUCCGCCACCGCGGCCGACGGCGUUAUCCCCCCUGGAGCCGUCCUCAUCGAUCUCCCUGGCCGCAUCCCGCUACGGCUCCGCCGCCCCGCCGAUGCUGCGGACGCAGUACUGAUGCAGCUUGCCGACAAAGUCCCCGAGGAACUGUGGGCAAUGAGACUGGGCUUGAGGUUGCUUCAAGAAAGGACAAAAUCUGAUACGUUUUGGUGGCCAUAUAUUGCGAACCUGCCAGAGACUUUUACGGUACCGAUAUUCUUUCCAGGGGAAGAUAUAAAGAACCUGCAAUAUGCUCCUCUCCUCCACCAGAUCAAUAAAAGGUGCCGCUUCCUUCUUGAGUUUGAGAAAGAGGUAACGCAGAAGCUUGGUAAUGUGCCCUCCGGAGAUCACCCGUUUUGUGGACAAGAUGUGCACUCAUCUUCCCUUGGAUGGGCUAUGUCAGCAGCGUCUUCGCGAGCAUUCCGUCUGCAUGGUGAAAUCCCGAUGUUGUUGCCUCUUGUUGAUAUGUGUAACCAUAGUUUUAGCCCGAAUGCUAGGAUUGUCCAGGUUGGAGAUGUAGACAGCCCUGAUAUGUCUGUUAAGGUUGUUGCUGAGACGCAAAUCGAUAAAAAUGCGGCAGUCACCCUGAACUACGGUUGCUACCCCAAUGAUUUCUAUCUUCUUGAUUAUGGAUUUGUAGUAAAAUCCAAUCCAUAUGAUCAUGUGGAACUGAGCUAUGAUGGAAAUCUUCUUGAUGCUGCUAGCAUGGCAGCAGGAGUGUCUUCCCCCAACUUUUCAACACCAGCUAAGUGGCAACAGGAUAUCUUGUCACAGCUAAAUCUGCAUGGAGAGGGUUCUGUUCUGAAGGUCAGCUUAGGUGGUCCAGACAUAGUUGACGGGCGCUUAUUAGCUGCCCUGCGAGUCCUUCUCGCAGCUGACCCAGAGACUGUGGGCAAGUAUGAUCUGAAAACUUUGAAGUCACUUAGCAGUAGUGCUCCUUUAGGCCCGACCGUUGAGGCCUCAGCGCUCCGAACUGUUCUGGCACUGUGUGCCAUUGCUCUCCAACACUUCCACACCAAGAUAAUGGAGGAUGAGGCUAUCCUAAAAGGCGAACCCCCUCUUACUACUGAGCUGGCAGUCCAGUUUAGAUUGCAGAAGAAGCUGAUGCUGGUCGAUGUAAUGCAGAACCUUAGCCGGAGAAUCAAGAUGCUACCUGCAGAGAAAUCUGCCGUAUAGGAUAUUAAGUUUCGGGAUAACUUUGUCAGGCAACGGUUAUCGCUCUGUACUGGUUAUUAGAGACAACAAUAAAUCCCCAAUUUUGAUCGUUCACCAUUUCCACUUUUUUGGUCCAUGUGUAACGUGUUAUGAGAUCAAGAGAAAUCUUAAAUUAUCA